AUGUUACGACUGGUUUGCAGAGCUCGGAGCCAAUUCAGAGGGCUUGCCACCAAGGCGGAGGCGGUGAAGAAGUACUACGGCGACGACAUCACCUACGGCGAGCUCAGUCCCGCCCAGAAGGCAUUUUUGGACCGCGUGGUACGCGUAGACCAGGCGGGUGAGUUGGGCGCCGACUACAUUUACAUGGGCCAGUACUUCGUGUUGCUGAACAAGUACCCUCAUUUGAAGCCGGUGUUGCAACACAUGUGGGAUCAAGAAAUCCACCACCACAAGACGUUUAACGAUUUGCAGGUGCAACGCCGAGUGAGACCAUCGUUAUUGACCCCGUUGUGGAAGGUGGGGGCGCUUGCUAUCGGUGUGUCGACAGCAGCGAUUCUGCCGGAGGCAGCGAUGGCGUGCACGGUGGCAGUGGAGACAGUUAUUGGUGGCCAUUACAACGAGCAAUUAAGAGUGCUCCAGAACCAAUACGGCGAUAUCAAGAUAUACGACAAGAAAACCGGCGAGGAAUUGAACUUGGCUGAUCCCAACAUCGCUGUGGACAAGCAGGCGUUGGUGCUGCCGGAGUUGACUGAGCUCAAAAAGACGAUCUCGCAGUUUAGAGACGACGAGUUGGAGCACUUGGACACCGCCAUCGAGCACGACGCCGAGAAGGCGGUGCCGUACAUGUUGCUUACCGAGUGUAUUAAGUUGGUGUGCCGCACGGCGAUCUGGACCGCCGAACGGGUAUAG